GCAACUCGCGCGUGAUUUGCGCGCGGAAAUAUUGCAAUCAUCGCGGGAAUAAAUGAGUUAAAAUCGUCCCUUUUUGCUAUGUUAUCUUACUGUUUAAAUAUAUACCAAAACAACUAUUCACCUCAGUGCCGAUGGCUGGCGGUGGAUAAUCACCUCGCAACUUCGAGACUCAGUGAAUAUCCACCAAUAGCCAGCCACCUCCACUUCAAUAAAUCACGGUUUGUUACUUUUGAAACGUAGUUUAGAGAAAUGCCGACCGCUAUGAAUUAACAAGUAUUAAGUACACGCCGUGUUUGCAUUUUCCAGACUGCGCAGACUCCUUUAAAUUUUUUCAAACUAUUUUACGGUCCUGUUCCACUUGCGUUUGCAUCUUGAAAACAACGAAUAUUACUGGAUGCAAACCAUUCUAAAAGAAUCUCUUUUUGUUUAACCUUGUUGUGGCAGCUAAGUACGCUUUCAAUCCUUCGUCCCGAUGAGGCAGAACUACUGAGUGAUGAUGAGGUGUUUGGCAGCCGGCAGACAGCAAAACACACUUGCAUGGCUCUACGGAGAUAUUUUGAUGCCCAUCUUCACAUCAGGGCAGAUGCGCUGAGGAGAUCUAUUGCAAGGAACGAGGGUGGAACACCACCAGUUCCAGUUCCAGCGUAUAAGGUGAAUUUCCAAGGCUACUCCCUAAUUCUAGGAGAAAAUUUGUAUAUCUUUAGAUGGGCAAAUUCAGUAUGUUAUGUUAUGUAAAAGGACUACGCCUGCUCGGCUGUUUUAGUUUAGAGAGGUUGGAAGUUAACUUAAACCUGGUAAAGGUUUUUGGCAGUAUUCUGCUUAACAUUUAAUCUCGUCCUUGUAAAUUUUCUACUUUUAGCACGAAAGUUUAUAAACCUCGCCUAACGAACACUCCAAAUCGUCUCAAAUAUUUACGCAGAAGAUACUGUUUUUGUCUGUUUGUCUGUCUGCUUGGUUUUGUUUGUUUGUUUGUUCCGAAGUUUUGUCUUUGGUAGCUUAGCAUCAUUUUGUUCAACUCAUAUUGACGAGCAACUGUUCUCUUUCAGGCUGCAUCCCUGUCUCACAGCAGUGUAAUGGAGAACUGUCAGUUGAUGUUAGAGUAUGCUCCAACAACACUGCGUUGGGAGCCUGUUGAGGUAAUAACUGAGAAAAAACGCAAAAGAAAAAACAGCGUCACAUGGUCGUGGUUGAUUAUUUCGCAGAGGCGUAUCUUGGUUUAUUAAGUGUAGGGCACAUUGUAGUACUGAAACUCCUCUGUAGAAUGUUAUAGUAUCUUUCACAGGGACACGAUACAAUGUUCCUUGCCAAGGCUCCGGCUUCAAACUCGUAGGUUAUGAAACCCCUCGAUGGACACCAUAACACCUACUUCCAUUACUUUGUUGUUGUCAGUUGUUAUUCUCUUUGGUUUUAGUAUUAUUAUUAUUAUUAUUAUUAUUAUUAUUAUUACUAUUACUAUUAUUAUUAUUAUUAUUAUUAUUAUUAUUAUUAUUUUAUUUAUAAGUUUCCUAGUUUACAUAUGCAUUUCAGUCCAGUGGAUACAGUUCGCUCUCAAGAAUAGAUUGGAGAAGUAAUUUCAUUCAUUUGAGUGUUUGUUCGUUUCUUGUUUUGUUUUGUUUUUGUUUUUGUUUUUUAUUUUAUUCACCAAUGCUCAUAAGCAUAGACACACCUUGUCAAUUUACCCAAAACUAGUGUAAAGUGUCUUCCGCCUGAGGUCUUUACAGUGUCAGAAUGCACACGUUUUCUCGUGUUUAUUAGGGAUUUGUGGCAAACCACUACGGCCUGAAACGAGGACGUGGCCAAACAAAAGAUCUUAUUGCUCAGCACGUGCGUUUUACAACUUUGUACAUUUCCGUAGAUGCUCUCUGCAAAACAACAACGUGAAAUCACCCAAAUUUGCGUGGUCUGAGAACGGAAACACCGAUGGCAAAUUAGUAAAACUUACAUUUGGAACUCAACCCUGCUUACAUAUGUUAUGCUGAAGUUGUGGCCCCGUAAGAGACGAUAAACACAUCCAGCCACUCGCGAAAUUCUAACCAAAAGUAAAAAUUCAUCAUUGUAGUCGACGUCUUCCUCGAUUUUGCCUUCCUGACUGCUCAAGCUCGCUAUUAUUUAACAUGUCUUCUUUUUAUCCCAAAGAUGAUGAACAGACUUCAAGGCUUCACCCUGCUGCUUCAGUUGAUCUCCCUGUCGUCAGACUGGGGAGUGACCAGUAAUAGGUAAGUCAUUGGUUUUGCUACCAUUUCUCCAGAGUUUGUACGAGUCCAGGAAAAUCAAGAAAGGUCUGCUUGUAGGACUGUGCUACUGGACUUUGAAAUUGUCGGAAAUUGUUUCAACUCAAGGAAUCGAAGUUGUUGAUAAUUCAAAAAUCAAAAUUGUAGCAGAACAUUAGUUGUAAUGAUUUUCUACUGCCUUCAAAAAGGUACAAGAAGCUUUUAGUAUUGUCGACUUAUGAUAUUACAAUUUUUCUCCCUGCAUUUUAAAUGCCAUUCUUGAGGCCUGUCCACUGCUCUAUGUUAAUAUCAUCGAUGGGUAAUUGUUCCAUAUUUAAUGGAAAUUAAUAGUUAUUACUGGCAUAUUUUGCUCUAUUUAUGAACUCUGAAUAUCUCGACUAACAUUUUUUACAUUAAAAGCGUAUAAACAGCUUGUUAAUCCUCUCCAUUCCUGUUUCUUUGCUCCAUUCAAGAGCGGACGCCAUCCGAUUAGCAGCCGACGUGACCCGCCUUGCUUUAGAGAUGCUGUUUGUGUUGACAGUCGGUCCUAAGGCUCAGAUGGCGCUGUGUGAAGAAGUGCAACUUCCGUCAGGAGAACAACAGAAAGGAAUGAGGUAUGAUCUACGGGAAAAUAAUUAAUUUAGACAUGAUCAUCAUCAAAAGUCCUUCGUGAUUAUCAGAAGUAGUAGAAGUGUUCUUAGUCACCUUAUUUUAAUAACCCGUGGAAACAUUCGGUAGCAAGAGGCCAGAAGGCUUAUAUACUCUCUAUUCAGUCAUAUUAAGAAAUCUUUUUUUCCAGGCUUCUGCUGCGUUGCGCUGAAGGGAGUUUCCUCAAUGACUCUGAGGUACAGAAAGCCGCUCUCCACGUCAUUUGUAACUGUGUGUGCGGUCCUCGAGUCAGGGUAAGUGGUUUGUGCGCGUUUAGAUUUAGUUCCCUCCCUCUCGCAUGAGUUUCUCAAAGUAUUUUCGCGACAGAAAAAAAACAACAACAAAAAGGAACAAGCAAAAACAAAUAAGAAACAGAGUUACAGGCGUAGUUUGUUGGUAGAGCAGGCGAAAAUUCUUCAUUUUGUAACUGACUUGGUAAUGACAAAGUCGCUUAAAGUUGAGUCAAUGUCGGAGUCAACACGAUAAGCUUUGCUUACCUCUACACGGUUCCUCAACCCCCUCCCUCCCCUCCCUCAACGCUGCUCCCCUCCCAGUCUUAGGCUGAUUAAAGUUCAUGAAAGAAUUGCUACUCAAACGUUAGGAAUAUUUUUUGAAUUUAAAAGUGCUUAGUGUUUAAGAUGUUAAGUAACCAGGCCGAGUGCGUUGUUCCUUUUUUCCAUUUUUCCAUUUUUCCGUUUAACUACGGUACAGGCCCGAUUUUUUUCAGUGUUUUUUUCAACUGCUUAAGUAGUGUUUGGCGUCACCGCGAUGAUUACUUUUGUCUUCAUUGUUUGUAGAUUAGCGGAGCUGUUGCAAAAUUUCAGUCGAAAUCCAAGCCGGCUUUCAAAAGCAGCGACGACAUCUUAUCCAAGAUGUGGGGAUGUGUCAGGGCCAGUAAUGGCAUCAAGGUUCUGCUCUCCUUACUGAUGGUGAAAACGCCAUUGGUUGAUGCAGAUUGUAUUCGUGCUCUGGCUUGUAAAGCGUUAUGUGGUUUAUCGAGGAGCGACAAGAUUAGACAAGUCAUUGGAAAACUACAGCUGUUUAACAGCGGCCAGUUACAAAGUGAGUAUUGCACUGCGCGGUGCUUUCUUCACACUUAUCCAACCAUGUAUAUUAUACAGCUGGGCGUGCCCGUGGGCAAGAUGAAAUGAGUCCUGUGUUCUGAUAGGAUACCUGAGCUCUAAUCCGCUUGGGAUAUCUCCCUUUUAUCUCGCGCAAGAUAAAAGGUUGCGUUUCGAAGACUUACAAAGUUUGUAAUGUUUAGCCAACGUCGGCAAAGAAGUCGUAAAAAGCGAUAGAGGACGGUCAAAACACUUUUUCAAAUGUAAACGAGCACUCACCAUCACAGAUGGCCUUCUUUUCCAGCGCUUAAAAGAAAAAAAGUCAUUCUUGAUUCUUAUAUAAGCAGAAUAAUUUUGCUAUGUAGUAAGUCCUUUAUUGAACAACUUAAUCAGUCAAGAGCUUUUGUCUAAUUCAAGACUCUUCGUCUUAGUCCACAAAAGCGCCAAAAAGAGCUCGCCAAAUAUCCAGCUAUCUCAGUUGACCUAUUUACAACCAUGUUGACCUUCUAAAACAUCAUUUCAUUUCUUUCAUUUACGUUGACUCAAUGUCGUUUGUCUUGAAUUUGUGAACAGUUUUGAUGCGCGAGCCGAUCAUUGAGGAUAAUGCUUCUGACCACGCCCUUUUCUGCAAAUAUGCUGCCGAACUACUUGAAAGAGUCACUGGUAAAUCCCUGGCUACGUCCUCUGCAGUACCGUCCCUGUCUAGAAUAAACAAGGUAUGAACUUGAAAUUGACACAAGCUGUCGUCUCACACAGGGGAGGGUGGAGACCUUCAACAGCGUCUUUACUCGACAGUUUACUGCUCAUUAACUUUUGUUUGAACGGCAAACGUACGGAAAAGUCUAAUUUCGAUGAUUAAAGUUUUGCUUAAAUAAUGAACAAUCGAUUAUUUUAUUUGAAGAAUUUAUCAGAAUCUACUUCUUUGUAUUUCUUGUUUAAAAAUGGAUGGUCAUCGAGACUGCCUUCAGGCUUUCUCUGUUUUUCAGAGGAGGGGAGGAGGGACGUCCUCAGUUUCCCUGCCAUCCCCUCCUAAAAGAACACAUUUGAUCGUAGGUAAGAUGGUCACACUAUCGGUUUUCAUCUAAAUACUUUUAAGUUAAGAGGAAAUUAAGAAAUCAAUGCUUUCUAGAGCAUUAUUAGAACAGCCCAGCAAGAAAUCAUAUGUAAAUUUAACAGUUUUAGAGUUUGAAUUGUCCUUUUACUUCUCUUACCCAAUAGCUUCUGUGGGGUCGGUUUUCUUACUUAUUUCGACGUUCUCUUAAGUAGGACACUUUCAAACCCUGUACAGCCCAACAACUAAAUAUCAGCCUUUACUUUCUUAGGCUGAUGUUGUUGCACAGACUCAUAUUUCAUAUCCGGCAAAAGAGCUUUUACAACUGGUUCACAGUCACCUCACAACCCAAGGUUUGUUGUGGAACGUCGAGGAGCGUUAAGAGAAAAUCAGGUCAAGAGGCGGAAUCACAAGCAGAAGAAUUUCCCUUUAAACCUAUUUUUAGGUCACACCCCGCUUCAUAACACACUCUUGAAAUUUAGAAACGAAAGUCCCAAGUCAUCCGACAGUCCAACAAUUAUGCAGAGCUGGAUUAUUUAUAUAAUUUAAUAGGAAUAAUCUUUGUUGUUAAGUCUCUGCUUCUUAUUUUGAGUGUCGUAAAGCAAUCAAAACAAUCAAUCAGAACGAAGAAAAAAUAUCACGUUUAAAGUAAAGUAUUUUAGAAUUUAAAGUAAAAACAAGCAACCUUCUGAAGCGCGGGAAAACGCGGGCGACAAAAUCGCAACUGGUUUUAGUUUUGAAUCUGAUUGGUUAAGGUGGCGUGAGUUUUCUAGAUCAAUAACAGCCCUUAGUAGAGCAAAAGCGAAACGUCCCAGAUUACUUUGGACGCUCGAAUUAAAUUUGUUCUAGUCUUGAGGGUGUUUGGCUCAUUUGUUAAUCAAAGGUGUGGUUGUUUUGGACCAGGACUUCAUGAGACUGCAGAGGUUUUACGGAGAGAAGCCAAUCUACCUGACCCAAAACCUGAAUCAAAUCUGCUUUAUACGCCUACUAAUAGGAAAGUAUGUGGUGCGUGUUGUCGUUAUUAAGUGUAUUCUGUGAUCACAAGGUCCCUUGAUUCAUGAGGAAAAUACGAUCACGAUCGCAUUUUUUAAAGUCAUGUAAUAAUGGCACGAGUCUGCGUGAACGGGUUAUGAUGAAAAUGACCAAAUUUGUCUUUUUUUUUUCUGAAAUUCCUUUGUAAAAUUCUUUUACAGGAAAAAGAAUCGACAAAUUAAGUCAGUCCAUCUGUCCUUCAGUUCAUCAUUCCGUUCCUUAGUCCACCAGUCCAUCAGUUAGUCAGCCGUUAGUAAGUGAUUGAGCUUGUCAAUCUGUCAGCCAGUCAGUCAGUCAGUCAGCCCAUCCGUUUGACAGUCUGUCGGUCAAUUAAGUAUUAUCAACUUAGUUGAUAGCGUAAAUUGGCCACCAUAAAGGGUAAAGCUGACAUUUCGAGCGUUAGCUCUUCGUCAGAGCGACUGAUGUAGGGUUAACGCCCGAAACGUCAGCUUUUAAUCUCUUUACGGUGGCCAUUUUACGUUAUCAACGCAGUUGGUAAUACUGAAUUACCUUGUUAUACUCUCCCACCGACGCAGCACCACAGCGCUUCUUUAGAAACCUGCCCCCUUUAUUAGUCUGUCAGUCAAUCAGCCCGUCAGUCAGUUAGUUUGUUUGUCUUUCUGUCAGUUACUCCGUCUCUGUCAGGCAGUCAGUCAAUUAUUCUAACAGUCAUUCCGUCUGUCCGUCAGUCAGUCAAUCAGCCCGUCUGUCAGUUAGUUUGUUAGUUAGUCUGUCUGUCAUUGCGUCUGUCCGUCAGUCAGGAAGUCAAUUAGCACGUCACUCAGUUAAUUUGUUAGUCAGUUAGUCUGUCACUGUGGCUGUCCGUCAGUCAUUCAGCCUGUUCGUCCAUCAGUCAGUCAGCUUGUCCGUCCAUCAGCUAAUCAACCAGUAAAUCGUUCAGUAGGUUGGUGCUCGAUCGGUUGAUCAAGUGAAUCAGGCGGGCAAGCAGUCAGGCUCAUAAUGUGGAUCGUAUCUCUUCGUACAAGACUAACCGUAUGCUUACUGCCAUGUCCCAUGUCACUCUACACAGGUUCGAUUCAAUCACUCCUCAAGCCUUUCUACGGCCUCCUCCGGUGUGAGCACUCCCGGGACUCCAUCCCUGACGCGGUACCGAUUCAACGACCCUGGGACACCAACAGGAAAGGUAAUAACAAUGUUUAGAUGAUUGAGCGGUCAGGAUAACUGUAUCUGAAUGCUGAUCAUAAUUUUGGCGUGUGCUCAUCCCACCCCCGCCAUAAGAACAAAGAAAUUCAUGCAAAAAAUAUAUUUUUUUUAAUCUCGUGUAAAUGUAUUUGUCGAAAAGGAUAAUAAUUUGUUGACUAUUACGAUAUGAUUAUUUUGUCAAUGUUUUGAGUAACAAUUUUGUUUAUGGAACGUCGAUCAAUUUCUUUGUCUGCAUGUUUGUUUUGGUCAGCGGCUUCUACCUUCCGAUCUUUCUCGCCCUGCACGCCCACCGUCACCUCCUACGUUGGAUAUGAUCGUGACGCGGUAUCUUCGCGAACAGCAUGCGCAGUGUAACAAUCCUGUGUCCGCUGGUCCUCCAUUCUCCUUAAUACGGUAAGUCAUGUGUGCCAGAGCCAAAAACAUCUGAAAAAGUAUUUCCGCUUGUUUGGAGGAUUGCCAGAAGUUUCGCUGAGUCUCUUAUCCGCAUUCCACUCUCGCUUAAAUAUAGCCUCGUAAUGCCUUCUGUUAAGAUUUUAAAGGUGGAAAGUUUCUAAAGAACUGUGGUGCUUUGUUGGUUGGAGAGUUUAAAAAGGUAAUUUGGUACUAUAAACUGAGUUGAUAAUGAAAAUUUGCCACCGUUUAUAGUUCCGAAGUUAACGUUUUGAGCGUUAGCCCUUCGUCAGAGCGAUGACGAAGGGCUAACGUUGACCGAAGUGGUAAUCAACUCGACUUAUGAUACCAAAUUACCUCGUUGAGAUUUUUUACGAAUUUUGUACGACCCCUAAGUAAUCACCACCGCCUAUCUCUUUAACGGUAGCUAAUUAUAUAAAAGGUUUGUGAAACCCUAAGCUCCUCCUGGUAGACCGGUAGGUGAGUAAGAAUUAUUUCUUGCCUACAAGGUUUUCUAGGUCACCAGACAAAUAGACUUUCUCUUGUUUUGUUUGGUUUUUUUUCACACUCCCUUACUGUUUGUUAUUUAUUUGUUUCUUUUUAUUUAUUUAUUUUUUUUUUUUACUGUUUCUCCGAGUGUUUGCCCGUUUAUUUAAAACUGUUUGUAACAUUUAUAUCUUGCAGAAUUAUUUUUGAAAAACUGCACAUAAUGCAUCUCCUCUCUUUCAAUUAAAAAAUUCCAGAGUGUUUAUAAAUCUAUACUUAAAAUAGGGCUGUUUAUCGAAUCAUACGCCACAAUUGCAGAUGUCUAAGAAAACUCAAAACUGUGAACAAUCAACUUAUUCCGAUUUGUCUAUCGUCAGACCCCAUAAAUGCCCUGAACCAAAGUACAGAUAUUACGCACCAUCGAACAUGACGACGAGGUUAAAGCGAAGAGAAGUAUGUAUAUUGCUAUUGUUCUUAGCUUUAAACAAAACUAUUUUGCCACGGUGGCGGACAAAGGAAACACUCAUCUCAUCAUCAUAAUAGGUCGUUCUGAUACUCGUGUCAGCUCUUAUUAUAGAGUGGUCUCCCUCAACAUUUAUCUGUACUCAAUCUUGAAAAAAUGUUCUCCCACCUGAAGGUGAUUCCGCGUCAUGGCGGAUUUAACGGCGCCAGACUAAACAGACGGUUUGUGUACGGAAGGUAGGAGAUGCCUUAUUUGUACUUCGUAUCGCUUUAUUAGAAAUUCUUAAUGUUUUUUUAACAGAAUCAUUGUAACCUGAUUCUCAAACCCUGUCCACACGUAAACGGUAUUUCUGAACACAGGUGACGGAGGUUUCCAUAAUCUCUGAAUAGAGUGGACUUUUCGUGUUUUUCAAAAGCGCCGGCUUAUCGUCUUCGCGUCGACCAAAAGAAGUGGAGUUUUUCACGUGCAAGGUCGUGACACUAGUUGAUCUCCUUUUGAAGUCUUAUUUCAGUUUUAUUAGCAGAUAGGUUUGGACUCAAGGAAACGAUUCGAAUAUGCCAAGUUUGCUCAAGAUAAUGUUCAAGAUGAUGUUCCUCUACAGAAUUCUGACGCAUUUUACCGACGAAGUUUCACAAUUAGUCUUUGAUUGUGUUAAGUUUAGUUCUCGGUUGUGUCUAACUGUGUUUUUCUCCAUUAGAUUUAAACCGCUCAGGGCCAUUCGCGAUACUGAAGAAAACAGCUUCUUUACAUGUGCAUGUUUUGCAGUAAGUGUCUCUGUUACCACACUCAAUGUGAUUUUUAAGAUCUAUAACUGCUAAGUGGAGCAAGUGAUAUCGAGGACUAACCACUCCCUAGGAUAGAAAAGAUCCUGGUUGGCUAAAUUUGGCCUUUACAUGCUAACAUCAGUAUGCAUAUUCUCCUUACUGUUCUCUAUGUAAUCCCUAAGGUGCUGACAAAGAGAAUUUGUUUAGAAAUGAAGAGCUUCUUAUUUGGUGAUCAUUUUCUUUAUUCUCGUGAUCCUAAUGUUUGAUUCAAGGAGUGAUAUUGUAAAGAGAAAUUAGACGCUGGUCACUGUUAUUCACGUGAUCCUAAUGUUUGAUUCAAAGAGUGAUAUUGUAAAGAGAAAUUAGACGCUGGUCACUCUUAGAAGUCAAACGGUUUGAACCUCUUCUUGGUGUCGUUUACAUUAGGCUGAUUCUUAGUAAAAUGGAAAUUAUGAUUUUGUGUUUCCAACUUUUUUUCUACCCGUAAUAAUUAUCCUUACUAUUGUUUAAAAAAAAAGUAAUGGCUUUUAUGAGGUCAUGUAAACGUACCGGAAGUACCUAAGUUUUUACUUUUUCUCCUCAGCCCGAUGGCAAGUCUGUUUUUCUUGGAACACAAAUAGGCGAGUUGAAGGAAUACAACUUAAUAACUGGACAGGUACAAAACUCAAUUUACACCUUUUUGAUUUCAAGUCAAACGCCAAAUUUUUCUUGAAAUAGCUUUAUGUGUUUGAAUUAGUCGUUGAUUGUGACAAGUUAAGUUGUCAAUUGUAUCAUACCUAUUCCUUUUUUUUUUUUUUUUUUUUUUUUGUUCUUUUUUGGAUUUAAACCGUUCAGUGCAUGAUUAUUCAUGUUCAUUUUUAUUUUACGUAUUUAUUUUAAAAAAAUGAUCUUUUGCAGGAAGAGGCGACUUAUCUCUGUAGCGCAGACAGAGCAAUUUCCAUGUGCCAAUGUUCAAAAGUAAGAAUACAACAUGGAUGUUUCCCUCCUCAUAUAGUUAAAGAUACCUUUCUUUCUACUUCGAACAGGUCGAAAGUUUCAUUAAUGUUUUUCACGUUUUUUUGGGGGGGCGCACCCACCCCUCCCUUCCCCAACCCAACAACAGUCAAAUGGUAACAAGUUAUGUUCGAUGUUGGAUUUCGUUCCACAUCCACACAAACAAGGCAGCUCCGCUAUUGCUUUUAAAUAACUUAACGUUCGGUCAAAUCCAGUCUUCUAGUUAACUGUUUUGUUUCUAUAUCUUUCGCUGAAACCAAUCAACCCUCUUUAUUCAUCAGUUUUGCAGCGCGUUUCGCAACGUUACGAACCUUUCUAAGGUUUAUAUGACCCUUUCAGGUUGUGUUCACGAAUUCAUUUAUCACUGAAAUUGUCUUUGUGUACUUCAUUCUUCAAUUUUUAGGACCGCGAACUUUUAUUGACGUCAUCUUCGUCUGCUUUGCCUCCCUGUGCUCUUUGGUCAUUUGGAGAUGUUUUCGAAAUGAAGUAAGUCUUUGAACUUGAAAACCUGUUUGAUUCGUACCACUAGUGCAUCUGAUAGGCACGUCCUUCUUUGUGUCUCUGCUUGGUUUAUUUGUAUCUCACCUUUAACAAACUACAAUGUUUGUCGCAGAAACAUAAAACAGACACAUACUUUACUAUGUUUUACCAUUAAUUUUUAUUGACUUGAGGAUCGCUGAAAUACAAAAAAAAGUUUUACAUUGUUCUUUCAGAGCUACAACUUUUACAGAAGACACUUAGACAAACUAAUUUCAUAAAUUACAGGAGACGAGAAAUGACUCCAACUUAAUUCACCUGCGGCAAUCAACGCUCAAGAUAAAACAAGCAAAAUGGGAAAUAAUUUAGGUGUAUAUCAUGGCUCGUAUCCUAUAAUCGGAUUGGUGUUAAUGACACGGUGACAGUAGGCGAACUGUAAUGUUUCGUCGUUACAUUCAUCUCUCUAUUUGAUAAAAAAGUGCUAUUUACUUUAUAAUUUUAUUUGUUUCUCUUUGGCUCAGACAUCCAUUUAGCGAGGACACUUGGGUAAAGUUUAGUAAUUUAUCAGAAGACAGAAUUAUUGGCACACACGACGCUACUGCGCAUGUGAGUUCAAGACAUGUGAUGCAUUUUCAAUUCCAAAUACAUCGCGAGUAGCCUCAGUUUGACAAAUUGUCGCUGUUCAUUUAGGACAUUUACAAAUGGAAAAAUAGAUCAGCGAAAUUGCUAGUGCGUGAACACGGGACAGCAAGGAUGAUAGAAUCGCUAAUUUCGCCGAAGUUUGUGCGAGAUCGUUUUUUGUCUCGAAUACACGGACUUUCAAGAGGAAUUUUUUGUCCAGACUUCAUGACCGAGAUCAGCUUUCUGCGCCUCAGUUUACUUGUUCUGAGACCUCUUGGCUGUGUUUGAUAAUUUUUUGAUUUGUUAUUUUGAUAUGCUUCACAAAUAACUUUUCUUUCAAAUAAGUUUUUCUUUCACGUCACUCAGUUGAAAUGCGUCUUUUGAAACAUUAGUCAAACUUUAAGGCGCCGAACUCGAGAUUUAUUUAUUUUGUAUUUAAUUCAGGUUUUUUUUCUUUUUUUGUCGUUUAUUGCUUGUGGUACUUCUGUGCCAAAACCCCCUUUUUCUUUCUCGAUAACAACGACGUUAGAAUGCAGUUAGAGUGUGAUGAUAUUAUUCACUAGAUUAUAUUCAACCAUCAGAUUUACGACACUGCGACAGGUCAGCGGGUACUAACUCUGCACGAUUCCAACAACACUAACAACUACUCAAAGAACCUCGCCUCCUUUAAUCCCACGGACGACCUGGUACUGAACGACGGUGUAUUAUGGGAUGUCAAAGGCAAACGGGUUAUACACAAGUUUGACAAGUUUAACAACUUUGUCAGCGGCGUUUUUCAUCCCUCCGGGCUAGAGAUUAUCAUCAAUUCAGAGAUUGUAUCCUUUUUUUCGUUUUUAAAGAACGAGCCAAUGCUAUACUGUAAAGCAGUGAGUCCAGAUUCACGAAAAUAAGGGAACACAACGUCGCCCUUUCACGGAUCUCGAAAAAUCACUCUACCUCCUUCUUCUUACUUUGACAGUGAAUUGGGAGAGAGAUAGAUAUCAAGGACUAUUAUUUCAUAAGAAAAGUUUAUUGUUUCCUCAUCUUGAGCGUUUUCGUGAAGCAAUACACAGUCACCUGACUGAUCCACGGAGUAUAAACUUAUGUCUGAAUAUCCUUGGUGAUUUGCUGGCCAAUUUACAUCAUCAACCUAGUCGAUAAAACCAAACUAUCUUAUUUCCCCGCCCUCACAACUGACGAAGCACUGCUGUUUCUUGUGACACUAACCCCUUAGAAUGUCCAAAGCAACUCAUUUCAAAUAAACAGUGUGCCUUUUGCUUUGCCAAUAAUCCUUGACGCUAAAAACAGUGGGAUCUUCGCUCUUUCCAUUUACUGGACACGUGUCCUUCACUAGAUCAAUGUCACGUGAUCUUCAAUAACAGUGGUGACGUCAUGUAUGGAGGUAAUUUCAUGUCUACUUGUUUACACACUUCUCAAAUUUGUGGAUACUUUAUUAAUUUUUCACGAAGGAAACCAGACACGACAUUGAGGUUUUAGUGCGUCCAAGUCGUGAGCUUUUAGUUGCGAUCUAUAUGUUAUCUCGAUAUUCAAAUUCAAAUUGAGAGCACAGAAUACUCACCCCGGAUUCUGGUUCCAUAGGUUUUUAGCAGUUUAUAGACAUCCAAAAUUGCGUAAAGAAAUUUUUCAACUUUUCAUCAAUUAUUUAGCAACUUUUGCGGUGUUUGGAAAAGUGAAAGAGCUCUAGCUCUUUUAUUCCACUCAUAACCCUAAAACUUCCGGCUCCAGUCUUUCGAAGGUUGGAUAGCGCUAUCCAUUAGAUAAAACUCUAUCCGUCGGAUAGCGUUAUCCGCCCUUUACAUAACUGGGCCCUCAGGGAAAAGUCCCUCAUAGCCUCUGAUAUCUCAAAAAAUGAAAAAAAAAAAGAUGAAUUCUGGACUGAAGGGAGCGGUAUUUGUUCUUCAUGUAUUUUAUAGUAAAACAUCUUUCGGAUCCUUUGGAAAUACCGCUAGCUUCCAGGCUUCUUGGACCGUACGAGACCUCGUUCAGGACCUUUGACGCAACAGAUUAUCAACCAAUAGGUGAGCAGGAUGGCUUGCUACAAAUUUAAAUAGAAAUUUUGUUUGGCGCUCGUUAUCAGUUAAUUUGAAAUAUCUUGACGUUUACGAAAUGAGUGAGAAAAUGAUGUUGGAAAUUUCAAUUGCUUUCAAACAGCUACAAUCGACGUUAAGAAGACAAUAUUUGAUUUGUGUACCGAUAUAACUGACAGCUUUGUAGCCGUUAUUGAGGUAAGCUUAAAAAUCGGAAACCUCUGCCUUGUUUUGUUUUCCUCCCUUCCAUCCUUCUUCUUUCAUUCCCAUCCUCUUCCUCUCCCGCUCCUGCUUAACUUCCUCUCUUCUCUUUUUUUCUCCCUCUUCUCUGACACUUCUUCAGAGGUAAGAGGAUUCUUGUGAUUUCUAUGAAACAUUAAAUUCAAUUUAUCUUGAUCGUAAGACCUGAGCCGAUUGGUGCGGUUUAGCUCUACUUGUCAAUCACUAGCCAAACUGCUUCAUGAUUAUCUUGCGGGAAAAACAAAAGAGGGUGAACUCUUUCGAAGGCGUAGUUGACAAUUCCGAUUUCAUUCACGAGGAAGCUGCCUAGAAAAACCGAAUUUUUUAGAGCAGGAAGCGGCUGUAGACAGAUUGAGGGAAUCUCUCAAGUGUUCAUCAGAACAUGGAGUGUCUCGCGCAUUACGAGGGUAGCAAAAAGUCUUCAUUUUCACACUGGUCACUGGAAAAGAUCUGCUGGCAGUGUUACCCACUGGUUUUUUUAAGAAAAGCUUUCUAUUUCAGAUGCUGGUUAGCUUUAAAACUAAUUAUAAAACAAACCUUCGAGUGCAGAAGUGUGUCUGCUUCAAAGUACCGUUUACGAUCAAAUGGGAGAAACAUCGUCAAAGGGAUUAACGGAAGCUACACUCAAAGAACAUAGGAUGCAGCGAAUAUCAGCUCAUAUCUGUGUCCUCGGAAAAGGUUACGUCGAAGCCAUUUGUCUCUGCGCUGAAAAAAAACUGCCUCACAGUUUCACUCAUCCGCUCUACGCUUUUUUUUUCUUCUUUUUUUCUUUUUCUUGUGGUUACGGUUACUUGCUCAAUUCCGAAAAUGCGGUGAGACACAAUUAGUCAUGGGGUGUUUCGCUUUUUAACAGCCUCUUCGAGCAAGCGUCUUUUCGCCUUUCACUGCCCCCUCCCUCCACUUUCCACUCAAACUCUAAGUCAAACAUGGCCGGUGAAAUAAUCGAUCGCGAACUUCUUAACGUUAACUCGCCCUAAUAUAACGCCUGCACUGCAAGCUCAGGAGCUAGCAGUAAUCCCAGCUACCUCAUGCCACGACAACUGGGAGAAACUUUGGCAAUGCGAACCAUCUGACUGGCUUUACUUGUCAUUUCAUGAUUGCAUAAGUUGCAAACUAUCAUCGUAAAGAUCUUGUCAUCAUGUCAUAACAGUUCACGUGAAUUAUUUCAUAUCAUAAAUUCGGUAACGUUCUUUUUUAGAAUCAGGCCAGCACCGACGAAAGCGUUUGCCGGGUGUACGAAGUCGGGCGGCUGCGUAGGGCUGAUGACGAGGACGAGCAGGUAUGAGAAUCUUAAGGACUUUCACAUCAAUAUUCGUAGGAACGGACCCAUUAAAGAGAAGUGAAACCGCCAUCUUUGAGGCGGAUUCGGUUAUGUGAUUGGUUCGUGCCUUAUUUGCAUAAAAAAAUCCUGUACUUUGUUAGGUUGUGGACUAUAGCGCCCCUUGGCACUAAAGCAGCGAUGAACUUUAAAUUACUUUUGGAAUAUACUUCAAAAACACGUCACUUAGUGCAACACGUGUUUGAUGUAGGUCCAUAAAAUAACGACUCCAUGCCUUUUUUCUCUUAGGAAUCCGACGAAGGUGGCGAGGAAGAUGACGAUGUCGAUGACGAUGAUGAUGAAAAUGAUGAUGAUGACGAUGACGAUGAUGAUGAUGACGACGAAAUUGAAAUCACGAUAUCUGGCGAUGAUGAUUCGGAUGAUGACAGUGAUAUUGCAAUUUUUUGAAGCGCGGCUUUUAAGUUUCCAUCUUUCAGUUGUUAAUUCAACUCAACAAUGAGCACGUCAUUCUGCUAUGUUUUUAUGUUUGAAAAAUGUACUUGUAUCACACAAUUUGGGAAUGAUAGUUUAAGCUUGGAGUUGAGCUUCUUGACGGUGGAGUUUUUUUAUGUAAAAUGCUAUGUAGCAGAAAGUAGAAGUUAUCAUCGAAAAAAUUACACCCAUGUUACUGAUUAUCAAAUAAAUAGGAAGGAUAGAAUAGUUUGUUAUUCCUCUUGUAAUGCAAACAAGCCAGCAAAGGACUACUCGCCUCAGAGUUACCACUGUCGAUAUCUUAACCUUGGUGAAACAGCUAAAAGUCUGUCUGUACUUACUGCAGUCAGUGUGAGGACAGAGACGCCAUAGAAAAUAACCCCCAAGGUUCGGUUGAUGAGCGAGCCAUGGUAACAAAUUGCAGAGUGUUCUUGGGAAAUUAUGUAAGGGCGAUGAAACGGCUGGAAACUGAGUCCAACAGUGAUAUCAGUGCAUGCAAGAUUACUGAACAAACAUUUUGAUGGUUGAUGAAGGGAAGAAAUCUUGUAGAGAGGGAAAAGAAUGAGACCAUUUCCCACAAUGGCUGCAAUGGAAAUUAUAAGAUCAAUGACGAAACAAACAUAAUAAGACUUCGAUCAUAUACGCCCGUGAAGCAAC